UAGUGUAACUCUAAAAUAUCUCCGACCCCUCCUUGUUUGAAGGUUCACUUACGGUGACUCGGUUACGUCCGCUGUCCACAACUCCUUUCCACGGUUCCACCUACUAUGUCUGGCCGGGUUCUUGUCGGUGUCAAGCGUGUCAUUGACUAUGCAGUUAAGAUCCGGGUAAAACCGGAUAAGAGUGGCGUAGUGACCGAUGGCGUGAAGCACUCCAUGAACCCCUUCUGCGAGAUCGCCGUGGAGGAGGCGGUCAAGCUGAAGGAGAAGAAGCUCAUCAAGGAGGUGGUGGCAGUGAGCUGUGGGCCACAGCAGGCUCAGGAGACCAUCCGUACUGCCCUCGCCAUGGGAGCUGACCGCGGUAUCCACGUGGAGGUGUCUGGCAAGGACUACGACAACUUGGGUCCCCUGCAAGUCUCCAAGAUCAUGGCUGCGUUGGCCAAGAAGGAGGAGGCCCAGCUUGUAAUUCUUGGGAAACAGGCCAUUGACGAUGACUGCAAUCAGACGGGACAAAUGACAGCAGCCCUACUGGACUGGCCUCAGGGCACCUUUGCGUCAGAGGUGACACUGGAAGGCGACAAAGUGAAAGUGGUGCGUGAGAUUGAUGGCGGCCUGGAGACCAUCAAGAUCAACAUGCCCGCCGUUGUCACCGCGGACCUCCGACUCAACACACCUCGCUAUGCCACCCUGCCUAAUAUCAUGAAAGCCAAGAAGAAGAAAAUUGCCAACGUGAAGCCGUCCGAGCUGGGCGUGGAUCUGACAUCCCGUCUAGAAGUGCUGCGGGUGGACGAACCUCCGCAGAGGCUGGCUGGCAUAAAGGUGGAGACAGUGGAGGACUUGGUGGGCAAACUAAGGGAGACGGGCAGCAUAUAACGAAAUUGGGUCGGAACCUAAUGGAGCUUGGAAAAUAACUGCAAGGCCAAGGACUGAGGAACACUGUCCUGCUGCUACCACAAAACCUUAUCUCUUUGAUUUUUUAAAUCAUCACAUCUGUACUAUAAACUGGGAAUCCACUUAAGGGGUCAAUACAGAACCAUUUUGUUUUCAUCUCCCAAAUAAGUAGCUAUGUCUAAACGCGCUUGUAAAUGAUUGUAAAUACAGUAUAUAGAGACACGCAUGUCGCAUAUUAGCUGGGUAAGAGGACAGUGUCUCUCGGUACCAUCAAACUUUUGAAUAUUUCACCACAAGCGCCUCGAUUGUACAUGAUCAUGACAAUAAAGCAGCGUUUGGAGUUUUUUUCAUAACCAAA